UACUGAAGAAGACGUGGAAGACGUGGUGUAAUUCAUUGUCUUUUUUUCUUAUUUUGUUUGGAUUUAUUGUUGAACAGAAAAGAGAGAACGAGAAAAAAAUGUACUCACAGAAGACAGUAAUAUACUUGAUGAUGGCCGGUCUCUGCCUCGAGAACGCUCUGACCUCGUCUAUUGUCGACGCUAAGGGAAACGAACCAGAAGCUGAUAACGAGUGGCCGUUCCUGCAGAGCUUUCUGAAGGAAUCCUUGGUUUACACCAGUGGAAUUGAAGAAGUUGUCACUAGGUUUGCAAAACAUCUCACACAAGAUGAGAGAUUCAGAUUGGAAAAUGCGGCCAUGGAGCUGGUUCUAAUGAUUCAGAACAAUAACCUGAGGCUUUACGGAGCACUGAGUGACUUGUAUAUGAUUAAGAAGGUCAUCUAUCCACAUCUAGACGAACAAGGACAAGAUGUUUUAGACAGAACUGAAGAGGUGAUUCUUUCCCUGCUCCAAAUUUUUGGAGUAACAAUCUAAAUUAAGAAAGUAAUGUGUGCUUGCUGUUUUGUAAGUAAAAGUUAUAUCAAACUAUGAGAGAAAUAUAUUAAGAAAUGAUAAGUAGUAACCGAGAUAUUCCUAGAUACUAAUUUGUUUUUCUAUUUGUUAAGAAAAAAUGGUACAGAAAUUAA